UUGAAUUUCCAGCAGUCCUGUUAAACACCUCAACGGGAGAGAUUGAAUCUGAGUUCCACACAUACGUCCAGCCCCAGGAGCAUCCUAUUCUCUCUGAAUUUUGUACAGAACUGACUGGUAUAACGCAGAAUCAAGUUGAUGAUGGGGUCCCUCUAAAUAUUUGUUUGUCACAAUUUUUGAAAUGGAUUCAAAAGAUACAAAAGGAGAAGAAAAUUAUAUUCAGUACAGAUAUUCUAGGUAAUUCUACUUCCGAAGCAAAAGCGUGUACCUUUGUUACUUGGACAGACUGGGACCUGGGAGUGUGUUUGCAGUACGAGUGUAAAAGGAAGCAGCUGCGAAAACCUGACAUUUUAAAUUCCUGGAUUGAUCUCAAAGCAACAUACAGGGCCUUCUAUAAUAGGAAGUCUAAAGGGCUAAAUGGUGCUUUGCAGGAUUUGGGGAUGGCUUUUGCAGGACGGGAACAUUCCGGGUUGGAUGAUUCUCGGAAUACUGCCCGACUUGCUUGGAGGCUGAUUUGUGAUGGUUGUGUGCUGCGGGUUACUAAAUCUUUGGAUAAGGUGAGUGUCCACGUUGUGCCUAGCAGCAGCUCAAGGACUCAGUUACACGCUCAAUCCCAAAGCUCUUCAACAGCAUCUACUGACAGAGUUCCUGUUCCUCUUGGGCAGGCUCAGCAGUGUCCCAGUACUGUACCAACAGGCAUUUGGCCAGGACUGAGCAAUGGGCAACCUCUGAGUGCAGCUCAGCACAGCCCUCCAGUACACAGGUCAGGACUAGUGCUCGUCUCCACUACCAUCCCCUCAGUCAGUGUCUCCAGUGAGGAGAUCAGCACUAGUUCUGAUUGCCUAUCUCUGCUGACGGACUGGGAAGAUGUCGCUUUAAUACCAGAAUCUCAGUUUGAACAAAAUUCAGAACGUGUUCAAUUCAAAGAUGACUCAAAUACAGAUAUUUUAACAGUGUGUGAGGAGAAAACAAUGUUGAAACAAUUGUCCGUGGUGAGUUCAGAUCAUCAAAGUUUGGAGAAAACCCUAAUACCUAUGGCACCUCUGAAAUCUAUCAUUUGCAGAAGUCCUGAUCCUACUGUCUAUAGUGCAGGAAGAGGACAAAGGCAGACUUUGAAUCUUUCAGCUUUUAAGUUACCAUCUCUAAAUGUAAAUGCUGUUUCAGCACAAUCAGCAUUAACUGGAAACUAUUCUACUCCUUUGGAGGUUCCUAAAAGAAAGCCAACUAGUCCAAAAACGUUCCCACCGGCAAAAAAACAAUCUUUUGCUGUAUAUCAAGAGAAAACUGUAUCUUUUGAUCAUUCCCUACCUUUAGGAAACUUAAAUUUGCCCAAAGCAUCUCCUGCCAUUCUGAACUCCAUGGUCAACUUGAAUCAGUCUGCAAGAGCUGUGAAAAAUGGAAAACCAACUCCCCCUCUGUGUAAGUGUGGUCGGAGAGCUAAGAAACUGAACGUGUCAAAUGCUGGUCCAAAUCAUGGCAGAGCAUUUUUUUGUUGUCCUGUUGGCAAGCACGAAGGCAAUGAGAAAGGUUGUGGAUACUUCAAGUGGGAACAUGCACUUCUAAAAGAGAAAUCUAAUGGUCUUGCCCUGAAUGCAGAUGCUUUGACUUCUCUUGGAACUUACGCCAGUAAUUCCAGUCCUUAA